AUGAUAGUAAUAGGUAUUAUUGCGAUUUUUUCUAUGCUGUUUAUAUUUAGUGGGAUAUUUGAAUAUGUACAUAGAAAGAAUUCGCGGAGGACGCAAUAUAUAAACUCAAAAAGGGUCAAAAAUAAGAAGCUUGCAAAUAUCGUUUUGCAUGGGCAUAUGCUAAAGGAUUCUUUUGGAUCAGUAUUAGUCAAUUUCUUUCGUAAAUUAAAAAUAAUAAAUAAUGUUUUUGUACGAUACAUAUCAUAUAAUGAAUCAGAGUUAGUUCAAAAUAAUUCUGAAGAAACUAAAAAAGAUGAUAUUCCAAAAGAAAAAAAUGAUGAAAAUGUUAAAAUAAAAACUAUUUAUUUUAUUAGACAUGCAGAGUCUGUAUGGAACAGUGUUAUAAAUAAAAAAAUAUCAACACAAAUGAUUGUUGAUUUAGGGUUAUUAUUAAUAUAUGAACUAUGUCUUUUAUUUGAUAAAAAAACACUAUUAGUCGAUUCUCCUUUAAGUAAUGCUGGUGUUAUGCAAUCAAUAGAAUUAUUAAACUUUUUGAAUCAGGGUCAAAAUGGAAUUAAUCAGGAAUCUCUAAUUUGUUAUAGAGAACCAUGUAAUAAUACCAAGGAGGAUGAUUUAAAAAAUAAAAGUCAGAAAAGCAUGGAACUUAUUAGAAAAGGUUCUAUAAAAAAUUUUUAUAAUAAAACAAGGAGAAGAAUAAAAAAAAAAACUGAUAAUGAUAUAUCAAAUGACAAAGAGGAAAAAAAAAAAAAUGAUAUAAAUCAAACAUUAGAUAAUGAGUAUUUUAAAUUCUUAAUUGAAAAUCUAAAUAAUAAAUCAGAUGAUGCUAUGAGCACUAAAAAUUCUGAUAAUGAAAAUAAUAACGACGAAAAUGGUGAUAGCGAUAUGUAUACUGAAAUAAGUAAUGAUGAAAAGGAAUAUGAUCCUGAUGAAAUAAUAAAUUUGAGUAUAGAAGAUCAUAUAAAAAUUAUUAAUAAUACUUCAAAAUAUGAAAGUUCUAUAUUAUGCUCUGAUUUAAGAAGAACAAUAUCUACCUGCUUUAUUUCGUUAUACAAUAGAAUUAAUACAAGUAAGGAUAAUAUUAGUAUUUUAAAUUCAUUACAAGAAAUUAGCAGAAAUCCUGAUUGUCUUCCACUAUUCCAAUAUUAUGAUAAUAAAUAUGUUAAACCAGAAGUCGAAAGCGUUUUUUAUAAAAAAGUUGGAAAAUUACUUAAAACAAAAAUACAUUUAAGGAAUAAAAAUUCAACAAAUAAGUUUAUUGAUACGCUAGACUAUAUAUUUUCCCAAAAUGAUGAUAUUUUUAUCAUAUUUGGCCAUAGUAAUUGGUUUAAAAUAUUCUUUAAUAAUUUUUUAAAGACGCCUCAUAUAUCUAAAACAAAUAAAAUCAAAAAUUCUGGAAUAGUAGUAUUCAAUAUGAUUAAAUCAGAUAAUAACGGCACCCCGCAUUAUGAAGUCCAAGAAAAUAGUAUUAGAUCAAUAUACAAAGGAUUUGAAGGAAGUGAAAAUGAAGAAUUACAAAAAGCAAGUUAA